GAUGACGUUUGUAGGGCUUUGUGUAGUCUAUUAAAAAUAGAUUUUAUGAAAGUCGGUGGUCUGGUGCACAGAGAGGUGGGCUACUUAGGUGUUCCCUGCCUUAGGGAGAAAAUUGUUCCGGAUGGGAACUGCUUUUUCAGAGCUGUUUCUCACGCUGUCAGUGGUUCACAGAAGAACCAUCGUAAGAUUAGACUGGCAGCCUGUAGAGAGCUCGAAAAGAAUGAGGCUAGGUAUCGGGGUCUUUUGAGGAGUGAUAUGUCACUUUUAGAGUACAUCAAGCAGUCCAGGAUGAAGUGUGUCAAGACUUGGGCCACAGAGGUUGAAAUCCAGGCCACUGCAGAUUAUUUAGGCAUUGCCUUUUUUACAUUUCAUGAUGCUCGUUGGCUAAAAUAUCGUUGCAGCAGUAAGUCUUUGUCAGCAGACUGCAUUUAUUUGGAGAAUGUCGGGGGCCAGCAUUUUGACUGCGUUCUUUGUGUUUUCAAGCCUGGACUGCAAAGUUGUCAUGGAUAUUGUGAAUUAGGCUGGGAUAUAGGCUGUAGCACUAGGUCUUCAGCGAAAGAGAGCGGGGCAGGCAGUAGAUGGGAUAGAUUGUCUAGAUUCAGGUAAAGAUGUUAUAGAGGUUGUAGAGGGCAUGUAGGGAUUCUAGUGCGACUAAGUAUUCAAAGUGUAAGGGAAGACUGCAGGAUACAGUUACUAUUAAACAUAGAGAGAGACGUGCCCUGCUUUAUAGGAAAAUGUAUAGUGAGGACUUGAACUUCAGGGAGAGCUGUAUAUCACGAAGUGUAGAGAAAUACAGAUAUAGCGCUGAGCACAGGGACCGGGUGAAAGCACACAGUGUAGGGAAAUAUAGGGAAAAUAUUGACCAUAGGCAUAGAGUUAAAGCACUCAGUGUAGGGAAAUACAGCCAAAAUAUUGAGCAUAGGCAUAGAGUUAAAGCACGAAGUGUAGCGAAAUACAGGCAAAACAUUGAGCACAGGGAAAGUGUUAAAUUCAGGAGUAAAGUGGCCAGUGAAAUGAAAUACAGGGAAAAUAUUGAACACAGGAACACAGUUAAAGCACGCAGUGUAGGAAAGUACAGGGACCAUAUAGAACACAGAGACAAAGUUAAAGCACUUAGUGUAGGAAAGUACAGGGACCAUAUAGAACACAAGGACAAGGUUAAACUAGGCAGCAAAAGGCAGUAUAGUGUUAGUUUAAAACAUAGGCAGCAAGUGAAAGCUAGUGUACAGCUGAGUCGGAAGCAGAGGCUGGAGAGGUCUGUAGAUUUUGGUUUUGUCAUGGAUAGUUUUUUGGAUAAGGUUAGACACGGACCGGAUUUCGUGUGUAGUGUUUGUCAUAGGCUGCUGUUUAGAUAUCAGGUGCUGCACUGUGAGAGGGAAGUAUAUGCAGCAUGUUUAGCAACGGCUGGCAUUGCAAAUAAUUGCAUUAGUGAGCAUUAUCUGCAUACCGUAUUUCCUUGAAUAGCCGCAGGGGCGUUAAUUAAUUUAAAAC